CCACUUGUCAGUGGGAGAAUUGAUCUCCGCAUCUUCUCUCAUGCACCUGCAGCCAAGAAGCAGCGAGCAGCCUUCUACCUUCAUAUGGUCCGCUCUGCUUUGCUGUCUGUAAAUAAACGGGGCUCAAAGCUUCGCACACGGCAGGCUGAGAGGCGGGACUUCCGCCCCGGUGGAGAGCAGAACUAAACCGGUCCGGCUGUUUAUCUCUUUGUGCAGCCAGAGGAUCGAGGGAAGGUUGGGUCUGAUAAGGUUGUUUCAUUACAAGCCACAUUAUGCUCAUCUACAUGAUCCCAGGAGGCUGUAGACCUCUUUUCUACCUCUUGGCCAUGGUUCUAUCCCUGGUUUCUCCACACACCCUGAACCACCAUGAACAUCAGGACCACAGCGAGAAGGAACGACCCAAGCUGCUUCUUGUGUCCUUUGAUGGCUUCCGCUGGGACUACAUCUACCGCGUCCCCACUCCUAACUUUCGCAGCAUCAUGGACGAGGGGGUGAAGGUUGAGUUUGUGGAGAACAUUUACAUCACCAAAACCUACCCAAACCAUUACAGCAUGGUGACAGGCCUGUACGCUGAGAUGCAUGGCAUUGUGGCCAACGAGAUGUACGACCCAGCUCUGAACCUCUCCUUCUCCAUGGAGACGGACAGCGUCUAUGAUUCAAGGUGGUGGGAGCAGGCCGUGCCCCUAUGGGUGACCGUUCAGAAGGAUGGAGGGCGGAGCGGAGCAGCAAUGUGGCCAGGAUCUGAUGUAUUGAUUCAUGGCAUGUUUCCCACUCAGUACCUCCACUAUAAUGCUUCAGUUUCCUUUGAAACCAGGGUGCAGCGGAUUAUUGAGUGGUUUUCUGCACCUAAAGGUGAAGCUGUGGAUUUUGGAAUUCUGUACUGGGAGGAGCCGGAUGAGAGUGGUCACAACCUGGGACCUCAGAGCCCCCUUAUGGAUGCAAUCAUUGCUGGGAUUGAUGAAAAGCUUGGAUUCCUCAUGAAUGAGCUAAAGAAGUCUGGGCUGUAUGAAAAAGUGAACCUCAUUGUGACCAGUGACCACGGGAUGGCACAGCUUUCCCCUGAGAAGAUCAUAGAACUGGACCAGUAUGUGGACAGAGACUUGUACACCUGGGUGGAUAAGAGUCCAGUGGUGGGAAUCCUGCCCAAAGAAGGCAAGUUCGAUGAGGUGUACGGGUUACUUGCAGACGCCAACCCCAACUUGGUGGUGUACAGGAAGGACAACAUUCCCGAACACUUCCAUUAUCAGCACAACGUCCGGAUCAUGCCCAUCCUCCUUGAGGCCAAGGAGGGCUGGACCAUCAUGCAGAACAGGACCGGACUCUUCAUGCUCGGAAACCAUGGAUAUAACAACACCUUACGCGACAUGCAGCCUAUAUUUGUGGCCCGUGGGCCGGCCUUUCGCCAGAAUUAUGUCAAGACCUCCAUGCGCUCUGUUGACCUUUACCCUCUCAUGUGCCACAUCUUAGGCAUCCGGCCUCUGCCAAACAAUGGCUCUCUCCUAAAUGUCCAGGACCUGCUGUCCUUGGAGCCCACUACUUCCACGCCCACUUCGACCCACUUCACCGUCCCUCCUAAGAUCCACAGGUACUCGUACGCCCCGGUUGUGGGUUCGUUUAUCGGUGUGGUGAUGGUACUUGGAUUCCUAGUGGUCUACGUCAUAUUAGUGACUCUAAAACAGCGGCCGGCCCUUAAACACAGAAGUUGGGAGAUGUCACAGCCCUUACUGCAAGAGGACUUGCACCUGUAGCUGAGGAAAUUUAAAGGAUUGGAGACAGAAAAGAUGAGGAGCUGUUGCUCCCCCAGGUACCCUGCUUGGCCCAGAAGCAUUCUCUGAAUGUUUCCCUUCCACCAAAAAAUGCAGUUGUGCAAGAGAAGCGUUUAUAGGGUUUGCUUCUGGUGCAGGCUUAAUCAAAAAUAAUAAAACCAUGGUUUGUGAAUUUAACUUGAGGUCAUGUACCAACUUUAAUGUCACUUUCUGCAUAGAGAUUUAGGACUAAGAGUGGAUUUUUAGUAUGAACUUUUGGUGGCAAAAACUGACUUGGAUAAUGCAGAGGCAUCAGUAUGCUCAUAUUAAUAACCUACCAAAAGUGUUUUAUAGUUGACGGUCAAGGCCAGUUCAUGUUUCUGUGUAUUUGCAAGAGUCUGCGUGGAUCAUAACAGAAUCUUUCUGUAAUGAUCUGUCUUAGUUUGGGGCUUAUGUGGACCAAAAUGCAAAGACAGGCGAGGCGACGGCAUGGCAAGCAGAACGAUGAUUUAUUUAAAUCCAAACUGGCAAAGCAGAAGGCAGGCAGGCAGGCAAGGUGUACAGAGGGUAUGCAAGAGUCCAGGUCAGAACGAGUAACGAGAAAACAAAGGCAACUAGACGCAGGGAAGGUGACGCAACAAACCAGCCAGGAACAAGGAAAACAGACCAACUAAUAUACAGAGGGUAAUCAAUGUGGAACAAAAGACAGGUAAUCAAUAGAACGAGGGACAGGUGUGACAUGGGAAGCAGGGAGGCUGAAGGACAGGUGAAGCUAAUACAAAGACUAAACCAUGGGAGAAGGGACUAAUUAACAAACUCAGAGAAACAGACCUAAGCAAACUAUAACAACCUAAGAUAUAAGAACCUGGCAAAUAAGAAUUAACAAAAGAAACCAAAAAGGAAACCAUAACUGCAAAAGUAAACAAACCCAAACAAACAGACUGAAACUAACUGGGAAGGGAGCAGAGAAAGCAAAGACUAGAAUAAAUGUAAACAAUACAUGGAACAAAGUAUAGUGGCAAACAAUAACUACAAGCUAACCUACAGAAGAAACUGAAACAAUAAAAACACGGGGGACUAAACUAGGGAUAAAGCUGGGAAGAACUGCAAACAUAAAGGAAGACGAACACUGAGUAAAUAACUGAAGGGGAAACUAAUGACAAGAGGAGUAACAGGGAAAAGAAACUAAUAAACUAGAAGAGUGCAGCAAUAACAAAAAACCUAACCAUAAACAAACACAGAGACGCUAAAUGGGAACUAAACUAGAGAACCCAAGGAAGCAAGAAAACUAAUAAUAAUAAUAAUAAUAAUAAUAAUGAGAAAACCAUUCUAAGUAAUAAAUAAAUGAGAAAGUAACCACCAAGCUAACUAUGGGUGAGGGGAGAAAGAACUACAAACACUAGGAGGCAGGAGAAAGAACAAAACUAUCAGGAAACAGAAGGAAAUAAACAAACAUGACUACAAAACCCAAAGAAAUAGAAACAACUAGCUGGAAAGUAAACAAACACAAAACCACAACAAAGUCCAAAAUGGCAGAUCCUAACACGAUCCUCCAUUUAAGGCCUGUCGAGAUUUACCUGCAGUUGAAAUUGUGUUCAAUCAUCACAGGUUUGUUUAAGAGCAUCCUCUUACAGUGACAAAUCAUGCAACAGUGCAAACAGACUUUAAAAAUACCAUAAUCCUAGAUUCAUUUUUCCAGACAGAUUAAUGUUCAAUAAACCAAAAAUAAAGAAAAAAACUUGUAUAAGUAGAAAUCCAUCCUUUUGUGUGGACAUUACCCACACUUCUAGGCAUCCUUGCUAAAAAUGUGUAGAAAGGCUUAGUUCAUUAAUUUUGUUUUGCCGGAAAUGUUAUCUCUCAAAAUAUAUUAGAACAGUCCAACCUAUACAGAUUUAUUUAGUAAAGCAAAGGUCCAAAAAAUAAGAAUAGUUUUUACAAAAUCAUUGGUGUCAAAAGUAUUUUCUUUUUUGAUCUUUCCUAUGUAAGAAACAUUACUGAAGUACUUCUUUAAUUUAUACCCUACUUACUAAAGUUCACCACUGUCUAGGAAGCUUUAUUAAUUCAUAACUUGUAAGUUCUACACAACAUAGGAAAGACAAGAACGCAUGUCUGAUAUUUGCUCAUAUCUACAAUCAGAGCAAACAAGGCUUGGAUGGGGAACCCUGUAUAUUUUGCUACCAUGGACAGUAAAAUUUCCAAAGAUCACUGUUAAGAGAACUGCAGCAAAAAGUAUCAUCUCACAGUCGAGUGUUUGUAACAACCUGAAGAUGAUAUCUACAUCAAAAUCAUUUAUCUGGGAAGCAUGCAAGGAAAAUUGUAAUACCAUCACAAAUAUAAACAUGGAGGUUGUUAAAAAUUACUGGGACUUUAUAUUGGCCUGUGCUCUUUUGUCAGAUUUGACUUGAAAAUUUGACAGCAACAAACACUCCAGGUGGGUCUGGCCUGAAAAAAAGGAUGAAUAUAUGGAAUAGCACCUUAUGCCCACUGUUAAGUGUGCCAGAUUUAUGAUGGUGUGGGCCAGAUCCUCUUCCAAAGGGAAUGGCAUCGGGAACUCUUUGAAAUGCCAUUUAUUUUUUUAAAUAAAAUCUUGACUCUUGACUGGUCUUUAGGUAUUUCAGCAGGGUAAAGAUCCAAAAAUAUGGUUAAAUCGACACAAAAAUCUUCCCUGGUCAUCUCUGCUCCCAGAACUAAAUCCUGUAGAAGACUCCAGACUAUCUAGAAAGACAGGACAAAGAGGAAGAGUCAAGGAUCUCUCUCUCUAUGUAUACAGUUUUCCCACUAAAGGAAUGUACUCAAAUUAAAGGUUGUAUUUUAGUGAUAUUAUACUACUGCAGUAAAAGCGGGACUAAUGCUAAGGCUCUUUACGCAUCUUUACCAGGAGUGCCAUCAAAGAUAGAGGGUGCAGUUAGUGCUUAUAGUUUAUAUAAGGAAAAUACCUAUUAUUCAACAUGAAAUCACAGACCUGUCAGCCAGAUUAUACUUAUAUGCAAAUGCAGAUACAUACAUUGACAACUAUGGAAAACCUUUGGCUGUUAAGAUCUAAACAGAUGAUGUAUUUUUAUCUUUUAACUUUUUUCCUAGCUUCUAUUGCAUAAUUGCAGUCUGCAUGGGAAUCCAGUGUUUUGUGCUUGAAGCCAGUGUCUGCAAAAGCCUUUACGAUCCCAUGCCCAACAUGGAGCAAUGAGCUAGUUAUCACAAGAGAUGCUGAAAGCAACAGGUAGGGAUAUCAGAUAACUGCGUUUACCUUCAGACAAUCUUAACCUUUUAAACGUUCAUAGUUUUUCCACAGGAAAAGUCUGCGGAGACAUUUUGCCAUCUCUCCUCUGCUUUCCUACUAGGAAGAGGUGGAUAUAUAAUAGAGUUUAAAAAUAGCUGUUACACUUGGUACAUUUGAGGCAAACAGAGAAUACCCUUUUACAGCACAGGGGUUCUUAGGCGGCGGGCAGUUUUGAUUUGACAUUUUCAAAUCUAUGCAAAUCAGAUUUGUAUGUCAUGAAGUAAAGGAAGUCUAGUUAGAAUUUUCCACCACUUGUUCUGCUUGUGGUUUGAGCAUUGGAGAAGAUGUUACUUUAUACUGGAAAUGCUGUGAUUCUGCUAAAGUAUGAAAAAAGUGCUGUAUCUUCAGGAGACUGGUCAUGUCACUGUUUAUUUUGAAUGUUGCUUGGAAAAUUCACGCUGUGCAUCAAGCUACUCUAUGUGUAGGGCAUUCACAUCACUACCUUGCUCUUUCAUAGAUACCACAUGCCUUUAAACUAAACAGAAUGCAUCUCUCUCGAGCAUUCAUUUUGUCUUUUCUGCCCCCUCUACAUCAGAUUAAGGCUGUCAUACAGUCUCCAGGAUUUUCAACACUGUUGGAGUGUUGCUGGAUUAUUGCGAAUAAAUAAAACCUAAUUUUAGUGUGAAAUGUCACUACUGCAAUCUUAUAUUAGGGUACACAUAAGUUUUCUCCACUGCUUUUUUGGCCAUCCUAUCAAAAUGCCAAUGCUAAUAGCAGAAUGUUCC